AUGACUCCACCACCGAUACAGCGUCCUGCACAUUCCUUCUGCUCUACAGAGCGCCGCUCCUGUACAUCACCUCAUUUAGUGCGUACACGAUCUAAGAACUCGAUUGUUGACGGUACGAGUGAUGUAGCUUUGGCGUCCGAGGGCAAGACAGUAACAUCACGUUUGACACGCAAGACGAAAAGCUUAAGCGAAGGUCUCGAGCCGGUCACAAGCGAGUGUCUCAUGGAUAUUGCAAUCUUUCUUGGCGGUUCAUGCAACCCUACGACCUGGAGAGAAGACAUUGCCAUGCCGAUGCUGGACGCCGCGCACGUGCGCUACUUUAAUCCACAGGUAGACGAGUGGUUCGAGGAGCUCAUCGAAAUUGAGACCAAGGCCAAGGAGACUGCGCAGAUUAUGCUCGUGGUGGUUGACAAACUGACACGUUGUCUCGUGUCAAUCAACGAAGCAGUGGAAUUUAUUUGUAGAGGUAGGAAGGUAAUGCUUGUGGUCGAGGACAUUGGCGAAGGAGACAAAAUUGCUGGAAAGUUGCUGUCCAAGAUGGAACUAGCGGAUCUAAACGGAGCGCGGCAGUGUCUCCGUGACUUAGCAUUGAAGAGAAAUGUAGGGAUUUUCCCGGACGUGGCGACGGCUAUUGAUGGAUGCAUUACGUGGCUCAUUCAAACCAACGCGCCCAAGUUUCGACCAGAAAUGCGGCGUCUAAGGAAACGUUCGUCGAUUGUGCUAAACGAAUGGUGUGGCAAGCACCAAUUGAAUUGUGCAACGUCACGUUCGCACUCUUUACGGCUGCUGAAAUAUAACAGCUGUGGCAGCAGCAAGAGCAUCACCGACGACAACGAACAGGGCUGUGGAUCUUCCGGACUAUCGUCAUUAAAUCGUUCCCUUGCGAAGCAACUAGGCUGUCGAUCAGUCAGCGACUCUACAGGAGGAUCCGUCUAUCUAGGAGGUAACUUGUCAGCGACGUCCUGGAGACAGAAGGUUGCUAUCCCGCUCUUGCACAAAUCUGGGAUCUCCGUGUACGUCCCGUUCGCGGACUACUUGCAAGUUGGGUUGUCCUUGGCAGCGGAGAAGCACGCAAAGGCUCUGGCUGAACGCUUUCAGAAAGAUGAAACCCAGAAGACGAUCGCAGAGCUCAUCCUAUUCGUGAUUCCAAGGAACUUGCGCUCGAUUGCCGCCAUGACAGAGGCAAUUGAGCUCGUUUUAAGUCACCAAGCUUUAUUGCUGGUGAUCGAGCCUGUGGAGGAAGGGUGUAUGAUAGAGAAUGAGGUAGGGAUCAUUGGCCGCGAGUUCAAAGAUCUGGCACGAGCCCGAAAAUAUUUGCGCGAGAUGGCAGAACGCAACGACGUCGCCGUGUUUGAGUCGGUCACAGAAGCUGUCGAGACCAUCGUCGAGAGAUUAGCGUAG